AGAGUCUGGACAACAUUCAUCUCACUUGCACUCAUUACAGUGCUGUACUAAGCUUUUGAGGAUCUUUUGGUUGGACUGGGGAAUAUUUUUCACGUCGAUCUUGACGAACAGAAGAGUGACAUAAGAUUAUUUUCCUGCUGGAAAAAUGGCACUCAGACCAGACUCAGAUAAAGAACCGCGAAUUGAGCUCUUCAUAAAGGCGGGUCAUGAUGGAGAAAAUGUGGGGAAUUGUCCCUUCUGCCAGAGACUCUUCAUGGUUCUUUGGCUGAAAGGAGUCAAAUUCACAGUAACCACUGUGGAUAUGAGGAAGAAGCCCGAUGAGCUGAAGGAUUUAGCUCCAGGUACCAACCCUCCUUUCCUACUGUACAAUGGCACACUAAAGACUGACUUCAUUAAGAUCGAAGAGUUCCUGGAGACUACUCUCGCCCCUCCACGCUAUCCUCAUCUCAGCCCUCGCUACAAAGAGUCCUUUGAUGUUGGUGCUGACAUUUUUGCCAAGUUUUCUGCUUUCAUCAAGAACAGUCCAAACAAUGCUUUCCAUGAAAAAGCCUUACUGAGGGAGUUUAAGCGCCUGGAUGACUAUCUAAACACUCCGCUCCAGGACGAGCUGGAUCAAAACAUCAGCGUCUCCAAAAGAAAGUUCCUCGAUGGAAACCGCUUAACACUGGCAGACUGCAACUUAUUGCCAAAGCUGCACGUCAUCAAGGUUGCUGCCAGGAAAUACUGCAAUUUUGAUAUUCCAACUCAGUUCACUGGAGUGUGGCGUUAUUUGCAGAGUGCGUAUGAAAGAGAAGAGUUCAGCCAGACCUGUCCAGCUGAUAUUGAAAUCGAGAAAGCCUAUCUGAGUGUGGUCAAGAGGAACUGAACUUCAGAUCAAUGAGGAAACACAGGGGGGAAAUGUUAAAUAAUGUAAAUAAGUUUAUAGCCGUUUGCAUAGUUGUAUUGGAAAUCUAUUACAGCAAACGCAAACAACACAGUGUUUGCUAAUGAACUUUCUUUCUUGGAGUCCAUAAGAUGUACUACAAUACUUUUUGAGUGACUCUUACCUUUAAAAAGGCUUUAUUCUGGUAGUUUUAGAGGUUAUAGGAUCCUUUGCAAAUGCUCUUACAUACAAAUGUAAUUUUUUGUGCAUAGUGUACAGUAUACUGUAAAUGUAUUUUAUCUUCAUUAUAGGCCAAUUUCGGUUAUACGUAUAACUAAAAUGUCUGUUUUUAAUCUUUUUUAAGAAUGAGUAGAGAACACUGUGGAGACAAAAGUGUAGUUUAAAUCCAAAUGGUUGUAUUGUGUGAAGGGGUAUUGUGAAGGAGUCAUGAAUAAGAAAGAGACUGAACUGCUUUCUUUCAGAUUUUACUUAGAAAUAAAAUUAAUAUCAUACAUGUCA